AUGGCUAGUUCCCCUUCGACCAUCAAAGUUGCCGUCACUCAGGCCGAGCCCGAAUGGCUUGACCUCGAGAAGGCAGUGCAGAAGACGUGCGCUCUCAUCAAAGAGGCCGCCGCCAAUGGUGCCAAGAUCAUUGCCUUCCCCGAAUGUUGGAUCACCGGGUAUCCAGCAUGGAUUUGGUCCCGCCCCGUCGACUUCGACCUCGCCAACACGUACGCCAAGCAGAGCCUGCGCAUCCCCUCGCCCGACUUCUCCGCCAUCCGCGCCGCCGCCGCCGCCCACGCCAUCGCCGUCGUCCUCGGCUUCAGCGAAAACGACGGCGGCUCGCUCUACAUCGCCCAGGCCAUCGUCGGCCCGGACGGCGCCCUGCUCGCCCGCCGCCGCAAGAUCAAGCCCACCCACAUGGAGCGCACCGUCUUCGGCGACGCCGCCGGCGGCCCGGACACGCUGCGCAACUGCGUCCCCGUGCCCAUCCUACCGCCGCCAUCAUCACCAAUCGACGCCGACGCCGACGCCGACGCCGCCGCUCCCGCCCCCGCCGCUGCUACGUCGCCCCAGCAAACCGUCAACGUCUCCGCCCUCGCCUGCUGGGAGCACGCCCAACCGCUCCUCAAAUACCACACCGCUCUCGGCCGACCCGCCAUCCACGCCGCCGCCUGGCCGCCCGUCUACGCGCACGGCAGCGACAGCGCCGACAGCGCCACCCCCGACCCGACGCUCUGGAGCAUGUCGCGCGACGGGUGCCGCAACCUGUCGCGGACGUUCGCGAUCGAGGCGCAGGCGUUCGUGCUGCACGCGACGGCGGUGCUGAGCGCCAAAGGGAUCGAGCGGAUGGGCACGGGCGGGAGUCCGAUCAUGGGGAGGCCCGGGGGCGGGAGCUCGGCCGUGUUCGGGCCGGAUGGGAGGAAGUUGACGGGGGAGAUGGACGAGUGCGUCGAGGGCGUGUUGUAUGCCGAGUGCGAUUUGGAUGAGGUGGUCAAGGCGAAGGGGUUUUUGGACUUGGGCGGGCAUUAUAGUCGGCCGGAUGUUUUGUGGUUGGGCGUGGAUGGGGGGGAGAGGAGGCAUGUGGUUGGUGGGGAGGAGCGGGGGCAGGGGCGGGAGGUGGGUGCUUGA